ACAAAGCCCCACUCUUUUGUGCGGUGGUAUAAAUAUACAGCACAUCUGCCAUUUGGAGUCAGUUAGUUACAAGUCUUGGAUACACAAUUCACUGCUAGCUAAGAAAGCAAGAAACGGGAGAGGAACUGCCAUAACAAAAGGAAUAAAGCCCAAUUCACCAUGAAAGCUUUUGUUUGUUUACUCAUAAUUGGUGUUGCUUCGGUAACAGCCAAACCAAAGCCUGGCGGAGGUGGCGGCUGGUCUAGUGGUGGCGGAGGAGGAGGUGGAGGAGGCUGGUCUUCGGGUGGCGGAGGCGGUGGUGGCAGCGGUGGCGGUGUACAAAUAAUUAAAAUAAUAACAGAAGAUGGUGGUGGUGGCGGCGGAGGUGGCGGUUGGUCUUCUGGUGGUGGUGGAGGCGGCGGUGAUUGGUCGUCUGGCGGUGGUGGAGGAGGUGGUUGGUCCAGUGGUGGUGGUGGCGGAGGAGGCGGCGGUGGUGAUAUUAAAAUCGUGAAAGUCAUUAGCUUAGGUGGUGGAGGAGGAGGCGGCGACGGAGGUGGUGGUGGCUGGUCAUCUGGAGGAGGUGGUGGAGGUGGCGGCGGUUGGUCAUCAGGAGGAGGUGGUGGUGGCGGCGGCGGUGGUUCCACCAAAAUCAUCAAAAUAAUCAAAUUGGGAGGCGGUGGAGGUGGUGGCCAUGGCGGCGGAGGUGGUGGCGGUUGGUCUUCAGGUGGCGGUGGUGGUGGAGGCUGGCAACCAUCCGGUGGCUGGGCUUAAGCUCACUUCCUACACACCCAUUUUGCCAAAAUUUUAUUUGUACAUAUUGUUGUAAAUAAUGCUUUGUAUUUUGUACAUACCUAUGUAUAUGCAAACAUAUUUUUGUUUCAUAAA